GGAAUAUUUAUCGCCUAGAAAUUUUUGAGCACUUCGGUCUUCUUCUUUUAAUUCUUCCAAGUCCAAAGUUGCUUGCGGGUUAUAAUCUCUGGCUCUUAAAUAAGCAGCCAACUGGUAUUCACCAGGUUGCAGACCGGCUCUUACUCAUUGUUCUGCUUCUUGAUAACUAA